AUGUCUGCUGUUUCAAAGUACCUCACAAAAGAAGAUCCAACUGUAUUGAGAACAAAAGAAUCAUAUGAUAAAGAUUUGAAAUUAGGGGAUACUUCAUCGACUGGUAUAAAAACUAAAUGCUGCUUUAACAAUAUUGCAAAUUUUCAUGUUGCAACAAAUAAAUCUGUUGAUAUAAUGCACGAUAUUUUUGAAGGUGUAGCGUGUUAUGUCCUUGUCAAAAUAUUAAAUCAACUGGUUUACACCGAUAAGUGUUUUACUUUGGAACUUCUGAAUGAAAGAAUUGAAUGCUUUGAUUACGGUGAUUUAGAAAUGGCAAACAAACCAGUGCAUAUCGUAGAACAACAUUUAAAAUUAAAGCAGAAAUUAAAAAUGUCAGCAUCCGAGAUGUCAUGUUUUGUGCGAUAUUUAGGAGUAAUGCUUGGAGAUUUAAUCCCUCGCGAAAAUGAAUCUUGGAAUUUAUAUUUAAAACUUAGACAAAUAGUGGAUAUAGUAACAGCUCCCAGACUUCUCCGUAGUAAUACUUUUCGUUUAAAAGAGUUAAUAGAAGAACACCACUUGCUGUACAUCAAACUUUUUGGACAUUUAACACCGAAGUUCCAUAAUAUGACUCACUAUCCGGAUAUCUUGCUUACCAGCGGUCCAUUAGUGCACCAAUGGUCAAUGAGAUUUGAAUCAAAAAAUAAAGAAUUAAAGCAAACUGCUACGUCAACUUAUUGCCAAAAAAAUAUUUUAAAAACUAUUGCCAUUAAACAUCAAUUGUUAAUGGCUCAACUUAAUUAUUCUCUAAUGAUCGCAGAAAAUAUAAAAGUAGGCCCUCGAGAAUACUCUUCUGGUUCACAUUGCUUAUCUAAUCAAAUUUGCGUUAGUUUUGUUGAAUUCGAAGGAGUUAAGUAUAAAAGUGGAACAGUUUUUUUAAAAGAAAUAACUGAAGAUUUACCAGUAUAUGUUAAUAUUUAA